AUGGCUGCUUGUCACUCCAAUCUUCUGCUCUUUGCCUCCAUGCUGGCCCUGCUGGCCCCUCUUCUUGCUCUGAACAUUGAGAACCUGGAAACAUUGAAGGCAAAGCCAGAAGAUAUCAUUAACCUGUAUUCAGAUAAACCUGGAGAGAACACGAAGAGCAGAGUUGAUGAACCUCAGCAGCGCAACUUGCCCAAGGACUGCAGUGAGAUCCGUUCGGCCAGCCCCAGUGGUGUCUACGUGAUCCAGCCCACAGGACUGCAGCCCAUCGUGGUGUACUGUGACAUGAGCAUGGCAGGUGGGGGCUGGACAGUCAUCCAGAGGAACAACAACAGCACAGAGAUCACCUGGGCUGAGUCCUGGAGCACCUACAAGUAUGGCUUUGGGAAUGUGCUCGCUGAGUACUGGCUGGGCACUGAGUACAUCCAUCAGAUCUCCAAGCAGAAGGUCUACCAGGUCAGGUUUGUCAUCUGGGAUGCCACAAACACCACCAAGUUUGCAGACUACAGCCUCUUCUAUGUGGAAGAGGAGUCCCAGGGCUACCGGCUGAGGCUGGGAGUCUACUCAGGGACAGCAGGGGAUGCCAUGAGCUCUAACAGUACUUCCUCAGUGCAUGACAACAUGAAGUUCUCUGCUAAAGAUCGGGAUCAGGACACUUACAACGGGAACUGUGCCUCCAGCUAUGGGGGUGGGUGGUGGUACUCAGGGUGCUACUCUGCACGGCUGAAUGUCAAGGGGGCCAUAGCAUGGGGCAGCCUCUGCAAUGGGAACUGCAAAGCUUCUGCCAUCCUCAUCAAACCAGCUCCCUACUGCUAG